AUGGAUUGGCUAUCUGAACAUCCACCCAAUUUCAUGAAGAGAAUGCGCGAGCCAUCUGAAAGGAAGUCAAAGAAGAAAUCUCAAAAGUUGGGGGAACCCUCUGUAUCCAGACCACUUGUGCCUCUGAUCUCCUCCUCCUCUCCAAGUAAGUCUCAACCCUCUGACUCUCAUACUUUACAUUUAAGGCAAUUGUCUUCUUCCUUACCUCAACCAUCCCCUAUAUACACACACUUUGAACCUACAACCUCCUCCACUCCCUCAUCUCCACCCUACUACAACAUUUCAUCUGACUCUGACCAAUCUGAACCAUCUGACCCUCAAUCCCCUACUCUUGCGCAACUCCAAGCUCACGCCAUCUCCACUCAAAAUCCAUCCGAGUUAGAAACCACCAUCCCUUCCCCAUCUGAACACCCAACAACACCACCCUCUGAACCUCACACAGAAACUCCCUCUGAAAACCCUGUUACCCAAUCAUCUGACCCUCCCACUGAAACCAUCCCCACACCACCAGCACCUAUAUCUCCCACCUUUGAACCUGAACCCACCUUUCCCACUCUGGAAGAGGCAGUAGCCUUAUUUGCUAAGUCAUCAAUGGAAAAUAUCAUAUCACUGUCUGAAAAUCUAGAAUCAAUGAUGAUCCCUCUGCAGUGA